AUGAGCGACGAACUCACGAACAGUGCCGGGCGCAUCGACGGCACUGGAGACCCAUCGCUCGAAUAUGACGACGGCGGCCGGUUGCAGAACCGCCGUGGAGGUCCCGCCGCGGCCGCUGUGUCGGUGCCCCCCGAUGCGAAAUAUGCCGUCAGCUUCGCUUCUGCUGCACAAGUGGAGCACGGCGCGCAAGUCGUAGGGAGGGAUGACACCGCCAAGGCUCAGCAGCGCUCUGCGACUGCUUACGAGCACACGCCGGAACAUGUCAUCAAGAUUAUGGGCGAAGAGCAUAACUUUUCUGCCACCGAGAGACAGUACAAACGAAGAUUCCUAGAGUGGAAAUGGAAGAAAUACAACAGCAAAGGACUCAAGAGCAGUCAACUCAGAGGCGAACAACGGUUUCCAACCAUCCGAGUCGACCUCACUUACGCCAAUCAACUCGAUCAACAGAUCUACGGGCUUUACUCUGGCCUUCAGAACCUCUUGGACGGAACUUCUCAGUUACACAAUGAGGCUUCUAGAUCUGCAGAACUCUUGUGCUUGCCUUCUUCUGGCACGUACUCGGUCUCCUUUUUCCUGCUUUCAAUACGGCUGUUUCAAGCCGGAGAUCUCUACAACGGCAUGGUAGCAGUCCAGAGGGCUUGCCGAAGUGUCGACAACAUCUUGCAGAAGGAUGGCAUCAUGGUAUUUCAAUCACUCAUUCUGGAGAUUCCGUUCUACCUGUUGGCUACCGAAAGGCCGAGGGAAAUGCAAUUCUUCGCACAGUACCUCUCCCUCAUACUUUCGAUGAGGAAGUCAACACACCCGAUCGCCCACUUGGCGAAGAUGAUUCACCAAAUAAGCACGGAAAACCCCGAGACUCUGCUUCAUCAUCUCGGAAAGCUGUACGAGCUGACCAAAGAAAACUACCAAGACAUCCGAGAAGACAACGAUUUCGAUAUUCUGAACGGGAGAAUGGACGCCUUAUCUCUACGUGGCUCUCACGAGGGCCCAGUAAUACGACGGUACGAGUCGGCUCUGGAUGGCUUCGCAGUCAUGCUGCGCAGGGCACGCGCGCAGCCCAAAGAAUCGCCUACUGAGGCCAUCGGGAGAGAGUUCUGUCGCAUAGCAACAACAACUCGUGUGGCGCCUGUCCCGCUAGACCCCAUGAAGGCUUAUGAGAAGUUCCUGGAACGGUUCCUCGUGGGAGACGACCAUCCCAUGUUCCUUCUGACCCAACCCGAUCCCUGGAUCUUGGAACAGUAUGGGGAAACGAAAUACCUGAUGUUUUUGCACCAGAUGCAGUCGGAUAAUGUAGACUCGGCGAUUCAAUACCUGAGGGAGUGCACGGAGGCUUUGGAGUGUGCCGGUGCCGAGAUGCAGCCGCUGAACAAAUACAUGAGGAAUUACUAUGUCGGGAAGGCGCUUGGAUUUCGAACGGAACUUGAAAGAUUACUCGUCCAGUAUGGUCAGGGUGGAGGCGCAGCUGAGGUUACGGCAUAUUUUGAAGGUUCUAGGCCUCCACAAGAGUUCAUCAGCAGCCCGAGGGAUGUGGUCGAGCUGCUACCUUGA